UCUGAGUUUUUCUGAUGAAAGAACAGAAAUAAAAACCUGGAGGUCCGAUCCGGACUCUGAUGUCCGUCCUCUGGUUCUCCAGGCCGGACGCUUGGAACGUCACCAGCCCCGUCACCCGACCCAACUCCGACUCCGAACCGGACUCCCAGCCGUCCUACCUGCUGCUGGCCCCCGCGGGGCUCCGGCCCGGUCUCCCCUCCUCGGUGUCGGUCACCAUCUUGGGCUCCUCGUCCGUCUCUGUCUCCGCUGAGAUCGUCUAUGAGAACGAGACGCUGUCCUCCAACUCCACCACGAUUAAAGGAGGAUCCACCAGGCUGCUGACCCUGCCUGCUAUCCACCAAGUCGGGUCCAGCCCCGGACGGACCUACACCCUAAAGGUCAGAGGUCACCGCGGUCCGGUGCAGCUCUUCUCCAACUCCACGGAGCUGCACGUGGACCCCCGGGGCGUCUCCACCUUCAUCCAGACCAACCAGCCGCGCUACCUGCCGGGCCAGAUGGUGAAGAUCCGAACCGUGUCGGUUCGCUCCGACGGGAAGCCCUGUUCCGAACCGGCAGACGUUCUGAUCCGAGAUCCGAGAGGAAACCUUCUGAGACAGUGGCUGGACAAAGACGGCGUCCUGGGUGUGGUGUCCACAGAAUUCCAGCUGUCGGAGAACCCCCCGCUGGGCGAGUGGAGCAUCAUGGCCACCAUCAAGGGAGUUUCCAGUGUGAAGCGUUUCAGCGUGGAUUAUUAUGUUCUGCCCAAGUUCGAGGUUCUAGUCAAAGUCCCGGACGUGGUCCACUGGGAGGACGUCCUGAAAGGCUUCGUCUCUGCAAAGUACUUCUACGGCAAACCUGUCCGCGGACGCAUGGUCGUCACCUUCAGCCACCGUUACCACGGCGACAAUCAGACUCACAGCGAGGAGGCGGAGAUGGACGGAUCUGGGAAGUUCAGCUUUGAUGUUUCUCGGUUUUCUCCGUCGUGGAGCAGAAUGUUGAUCCAGGACCAGCGGGCCGACGUCCUGAGCGUCCAGGUGUCUGUGACCGAACACCUGACAGGUCUGACCUGUAACAGCACAGUGAGCGUCGCCCUGGCUAAAAGCAGAUUCUCCGUUACCUUUGAAGACUUUCCUAAAGUCCUCAGGCCGCCUCUCAGCUUCAGCGGCACUCUGAAAGUGUCAACGUAUAACGGCGAGCCGCUGCAGCACCAGAGGAAGCUCCGCGUGUCGGUGAAGCAGCAGCGGAGCCGAGAGACGGUGGACCAACAGAUUCUUUUCCCAAAGAACAGUUCAGAUUCCUCCUGGAUGGAUCGGGACGAGUCGUCCUCAGAGGACAUGGAGCUGCCCGUCCCGGUGGACGGACUGGUCCCUUUGCACAUCCAGGUCCAGAAGGACACACAGCGCCUCACUGUGGAGGUUUCUUUGGAGGACUGUGAGAAGACUCUUUCUGUGGACAGGAGCUUCCGCUCCCAGAGCCGCGCCUACCUGCAGGUCCAGAAACCCUCCUCACCUGCCCAGGUUGGUUCCCGUCUUUGGUUGAGGGUUGAGAAGAAUUUUCAGAUUCCUGACGUUCACUACUUGGUGAAGUCCAGAGGUCAGGUGGUUUCUGCUGGGAGGAGCUCAGGUGAUGUGAGUCUGGUUCCUGAGGUGUCCUGGGCUCCUCUGGCCUCCGUCAUCGUUUACUGUGUCCAUCCUGGCGGUGAGGUCAUCAAUGAUGUCAUCCAUCUGCCCAUCACACACUUCCUGCAGAACAAGGUGUCUCUGAGUUGGAGCAGCGACCUGCUGAAGCCGGCGGAGGUCGUGACCCUGAAGGUGUCGGUGGAGGAACCGGACUCUCUUGUCGGGAUCCUGGUGGUCGACAAAGCCACGCGGUGGGCGGGGUCAAACAACGACAUCACCAUGGAAACGGUGCGGGAGCAGAUGACGGAGUGGUCCGUGGACGACGCCCUCAGCGAUGGGAAGACAAUGGGAGAUCCGUUCUCUGUUUUCCAUACAUGUGACCUGACUGUGAUGACCGACGCCAGCGUGCCCAGAGCGGAUCCAACAUGGCCGCUGCUCACAGGAGAUGAUCCGGGUUUCUUCCUCCAGAUGGACGGGGAACAUUUCAGGAAACAACCAGAACCUAACCAGCGCCAGAACUUUCCAGAGACCUGGGUCUGGAUGGACGUCAACACAGGGGAUUCCGACAGGAUGCAGAUUCCUCUGCCGGUUCCUGACAGCAUCACCACCUGGACGGCCUCCGCCUUUGUCGUGUCGGAGAAUCUGGGUCUGGGACUCACAGAGAAACCGGCAGAGCUCACAGUGUUCCAGGACUUCUUCCUGUCCCUGAAUCUUCCUGCCUACAUCAUCAGAGGAGAGGAGCUGGUUCUGGAGGUGGUUCUGUUCAACUACCUCCAAGAGGAGCUGGAGGUCACCGUGAUCGUCGCAGAGAGCGACGCCUUCGAGUUCGUGUUCCCGGACAGCGAGGCGGUCGCCAUGGCCAGCGUGCGGCGCCUCCUGGUGGAGCCGGAGGGCGGCGCCACCGUCCUGGUUCCCAUCAGGCCUCUGGUCCUGGGAGACGUCCCCAUCGCCGUGAAGGCCGUGUCCUCCGCGGCGGCCGACUUCGUUCGCACAACCGUCCUGGUUAAGGCUGAAGGUCGGCCUCAGAGCUUCUCCUCUUCCCUCCUCCUGGAUCUCCCCGCCGGCCGCUCCGGUUCCGUGGCGUUCCGGUUCCCUGCAGGCGUGGUGGACGGCAGCCAGCGCGUCUCGGUGACGGCCAUCGGCGACCUGCUGGGCCCGUCCAUCAGCGGUCUGGACUCGCUGGUCCAGAUGCCGUUCGGCUGCGGGGAGCAGAACAUGAUCCACUUCGCUCCAAAUGUCUAUGUCCUGCGGUACCUCAGCGCCAGAGGCCCGCUGGACCCGGCGCUGCAGAACCGGGCCACUGACUACAUGCUGAAAGGUUAUGAGCGGCAGCUGUCCUACCAGCGGGCCGACGGCUCCUUCAGCGCCUUCGGCCAGCAGGACUCGUCAGGCAGCACCUGGCUGACGGCCUUCGUGCUGCGCUGCCUGCUGCAGGCGCGGCCGUGGGUUGGCGUGGACGGCCGGGUUCUGGAGAGCGCGGCGGCGUGGCUGGCGGCGCAACGGGCGGCGGGCGGCGCCGCGGCGGAGCCCGGAACCGUGAUCCACUCCGAGCUGCAGGGCGGCCUGGACGGACCCGUGUCCCUCACCGCCUACGUCCUGGUCGCCCUCCUGGAGGACGGCUCCAUCAGGGCGCAGUACGCCUCCCAGGUGACCUUUGCCCUCGGCUACCUGGAGGCCCGGCUGGACCAGAGCGUCUCCAGCAACUACAGCCUGAGCCUGCUCAGCUACGCUCUGGCCCUGGCAGGAAGCCCCGCCUCCCACGCCGCGCUCAACCGUCUGAUUGGCCGAGCUGACCUGAGGGACGGUGUCCCGACCUGGUCAUCACCUGACGCUGGCCUGUCAUCGUCAUGGCAACCUCGCUCGGCAGACAUCGAGAUAGCGUCCUACGUUCUGCUUUCUCUCUACGAACUGAACCGGGUCGACGAAGGUCUGAGUCUGAUGCAGUGGCUGAGCCAGCAGAGGAACCACCUGGGAGGAUACGGCAGCACGCAGGACACGGUGGUGGCUCUGCAGGCUCUGUCCACCUUCGCCGCUCUGCAGGGGUCAGAGCACUCCGACCUGGACGUCACGGUAACCAACGUGGACUCGGGCGUUGUCGCCUCCUUCCACAUCGACCAGAACAACUUCCUGCUGCUCCAGAGUCGCCAGAUUGAUCCAGAACCGGUUCUGGACCUGCAGGUGACGGCGUCGGGUCGUGGACUCGCUCUGCUCCAGCUCAACGUGUUUUACAACAUCCGCAGCGAGGAGCUGCUGAGGAGGAGGGGCGCCGAAGAACAGGAAGCGUUUUACCUGAAGGUGGCGCUGUUUGAGGAGCAGAACGAGGCCCACCUGUUCGUCUGCACCAGCCUGGCCCGCCACUUGGGCCUGAAUGAGACCGGGAUGGUUCUGAUGGAGGUGGGUCUGCUGAGCGGCUUCAGCGCCCAACCGGACCUGGUACCGCUGGGUGGCGCCGUGAAGCGAGUGGAGACCGAGCCGGGGAGGGCGGUUCUGUACCUGGACUCUGUGUCGACCCAGGAAUCGUGUCUGCUCGUCCCGCUGCUGGUGGAGUUCAAGGUGGCCCGGGUCCAGGAAGCCUCGGUCAGCGUUUAUGACUACUACGAGCCACGCCGCAGGACGGUGCGGUCGUACCGGUCGUCUUUGCGGAGCGACGUCUCCUCCUGCUCCUUCUGCGGAGAGGACUGCAGCCGGUGCCGAGCGAACAACGACUCCGAGCUGGACGCCGCGUCGCGCUGCAGCCGCCACUUCCUGCUGCGCCACUUCCUGCCCGCGCUGCUGCUCCUCUUCGUCAUCUUCAGCGCCUGAAGGCAGCAGCCAGCUGGCCUUCCGUCCUGCAGCGGGUUAAAUAAUAAAACAUGUGAGAGAUUCUGAGUUGUGGCUGAAUUUCUUCCUCUGGCUUCUUCGGGUUUUCAGGAAUAAAUCUAGAAUAAAGUUUGUGCUCAAUCU